GCUAUCGUACUGAUACGGUAAUCGAUUUGUAUGACCUUCUGUUAGCCGGCGAUACGUCAAAAAUAAUGAAAUUGAGUAGUAAACUCUUGUAACUUUUUAAAUAACAUCUGCAUGAAAAUUCCAGUGACAAUAACUCGAUCGUAAAAUCAUCCAGAAUGCACGAAUAAAUCAAGAGAUUUGUACGAGAUGUCGACAAUAAUAAAAAUGUCAUUUUCGCGUUAAUUAUAUGCAAUAGAGAAGCGAACAGAACUAAAAAUAGAUCGGCGGUUUCUUUUGAAAGUUUUUGGAGAAGAAGAGAAAAAAAUGUCUGUCGCAAAAGAUUUCUCGUGCAUUGGAGGACUAGAGAAGCACAUUAGAAUCGUGAAGGAGAUGGUUCUGUUCCCGCUGAUGUAUGGGGACGUGUAUGCUAAGUUUAAUCUCAGACCGCCUCGUGGUUUACUGUUCUACGGUCCUCCAGGAACGGGAAAGACCCUCGUAGCCAGCGCUCUAGCAACUGAAUGCAGCAAUUCCGAACGCAAGGUUUCCUUCAUCUCGCGUAAGGGUUCCGAUUGUCUCAGCAAAUGGGUUGGAGAAAGCGAGAAGAAGCUCGAAAAGAUCUUCUCGUUGGCACAACAGACGAAACCGUGCAUAAUUUUUUUCGACGAAGUUGAUGGUCUCGCGCCUGUAAGGUCAAGUCGGCAAGAUUUCGUCCAUGCUAGCGUGGUCUCAACUCUCUUGGCUUUAAUGGAUGGCUUAGACAAUAAUUCCGAGAUUAUUGUGAUAGGGGCGACUAACAGAAUCGACGCGAUAGAUCCCGCUUUGAGGAGACCCGGUAGAUUCGACAAAGAACUAUAUUUCCCUUUGCCUUGCUACAGUGCCCGAAAAGAGAUACUUUCGGUACACAUUAAAAGUUGGAAACAGAAACCGGCACAAAAAUUUUUAGCAUACUUGGCAUCGAAAACAUUGGGAUUCUGCGGCAGCGAUCUGCAGGCACUUUGCGCUGAAGCAGUUAUGUGUUCGGUUCGCAGAAAUUAUCCGCAAAUCUAUAAUUCGAAAUCCAAGUAUUACAUCAACGAACGCCAUCUCAAAGUGGAAAAGGAAGAUUUUCUGAAGGCACGUCAGAAUAUCGUUCCCGCAUCCCAUCGCGUUAUCGUUGCGCCGAUCAAGAAUUUACCCUCCAAGAUUCAACCGUUGUUACAGGAGGAUCUGACGGAAAUCCUAUCGCGUUUACAAACACUUUGUCCAACUGGCAUGCUAACUUCUGACGACAUAACAGGCAAAGCCAUGUCCAAAUCGAGCGGCUGUCCGCGAAUCAUGCUAUGCGGUGAUGAUGAUUCCCACACUCGUCACUUAGGACCGGCAUUGCUACACACUCUGGAACAUCUACCUUGUCACAUUCUGGAUGUCACGACGCUGUUCGAGGAAACAGGCAAAGCGGCCGAGGAAGCUAUAAUACAAAAAAUCAAGACCGCACGUCACACUUUACCAGCAUUGCUGUAUGUUCCUGAUGUCUUGGCCUGGUGGGAAUUGGUGAAUGAGACAGCGAGAGUGGUUUUUACUUCCUUAAUGCGCGGUCUCGAUCGAUCAGUGCACAUGCUCGUGUUAAUGACCGUCCACUGUCGACACGCUGAUCUGCCAUCAGAGAUUGCAGAAUUAUAUGAUGAUAAUCGCGGCGAAGUAUACGAAGUAAAAUCGCCUUCGCCACAAAAGCGGCAAUCCUUCUUCAAGCAAUUAUUUCUCAGUGGACCCGACAGUCUUUCCGAUUGCUCUUCACAAGGUGAUUAUCCGUCUAAAAUAAUCGUACAUCGCACGGUUAUUGCGUUAACGAUAAAUCGGUUUCUGACAAACGUAACGGAUCUAGUGCAAAUCCUGAGCCCGAAGAAGCUCAAGGGAGAAAAUAACAGAAAGCUGCGGAGCUACGUAUAUUCUAGUGAUUCUAACGGAUUAUUAGGAACGAACAUCAAGAGAGAAAACAACGCGUCUGGUGAGGGUCCACCAUUGAAACGGCAGAAGCUAACGUCCGGUACAUCUUCGUCUCGUUCCAGCGCCGAAAAGCUUUUCAACUCGCAAAUGGAGGACUUGGUCGAAACAAUCGUUCGAUCGACCGACGAGUGGCCGAGUCAUAUAUUGGAGAGUCUGUUCUCCUCUCUCGAACUCACAAUGGAAAACAGUGGAGACUUGCAUGCGAUGGUGAACGAAUACGUUGUACGUUACGAGGAAUUAAAACGAGCCAAGAUGCGUGCAAAACAAGAAGAUGAUUAAUCGUUAAUUUUGUGAAAACGUCCCUUCGCUUGUCUAUCGUUUCUGUGAUGUCCAAAUGCGAUGCGAAAUGCAUCGCGAUAGCCGGCGAAAAAUUCGUGAAUGUAUUAUAAUAUUACAGUGUAAUAAACAAUAUUCUCUCUCAA